AUGAUCAAGAACAAUGACACACAGACAGUGUCAGAAGAAGAAGAGGUGCAUGCAUCACCCUCACACAACAAAUUUGGUAAAGUGUUUAGAGAGGAAGAUGAAAUAGGUGUGCUGGAAGGACUUUAUGUUUAUUGGAAAUGCAACGGAGUUAAUCAUGAAUGGAAAAAAUAUCAUGAUUUCAUAAAGGAUGAUCUUCCUCACCACUUUUCAUCCACUCAACUCUCUGAGAAGAUCCGAAGGCUCAGGCUCAAGUUCCAAUCCAAUUCAAGAAAUAAUAAUAUUCAUUUUCGCAAUGCACAUGAAUCUCUCGUGUUUGACUUGUCAAAGAAACUCUGGGAACAAGAAUUAAUCAGCAGCAGCAGCAGCAGCAGCAGCACCACAAACACAACACCACCAGCUGUUGGCAGAAAAAUAUGUGAUGCUGAUGCUGAUGCUGAUGCUGAUGGUGCAGGUGAUGAUGAUGAGGAGAGCAUCAAAAUAGCAUCAAAGAAACCACAAAAACAAGAAUUUGAUGCUUAUCCACACUUGUCUGCAUUGUUUGACCGCUUUGGGUUUUCUGCAUCUAAAUACUUAACCUGCAGGCUUAAUAAGAAGAAAUUGAGAAAGUUGGAGAAGCAUUCAAGAAAAUUGAUUAUGCAGGAGAAUCAACUGCUUCUUCAACAGAUGCUUCUUAGAAAGAAACAGUGUGCUCUUGUCGUUUCUGCCUUAAAAAAAUUUAAUUCUUGA